AGAGUUGACGCCGGAAGAGCGGAAAGAUCUUUGCAUUGCUACUAAAACAGGAGUUGCUUUCAAGAACAACAUACCCGCAAUGUGCGGUAAGAAAGAUUUUCUCGUGGACGAAGGUCGAAAAGCCGCUGAGAGGCUAGGUUCUUAUAUCGAUAUUUUAUACAUGCAAAGACUUGACCCUGCAACUCCGAUUGAAGAAAGUAUGGAAGCUAUGAAAGAGUUGAUCAAAGAAGGCGUCAUCAAAGGAGUCGGCUUAAGUGAGGCAAAGGCCGAGAAUAUUCGAAAAGCACAUGCAAUUCAACCAAUCACAGCUGUCCAAAUUGAGUAUUCAUUGUGGUCACGUGACGUCGAAAAAGACAUUAUUCCGACAUGUCGUGAGUUGGGAAUCGGUAUUGUCGCCUAUUCGCCUUUGGGACGAGGAUUCUUGACUGGAAAAUUUAAAAAGAGGGAAGAGCUAAAACAUGGUGACUGGCGCUUGGAUAACCCUCGCUUCGAACAAGAAGCAAUUCAGCAGAAUGCAAAACGAGUCGAAAAAAUUGAAGCUAUGGCGGCUAGGAAAGGCGGAGGUUGUACAGCUUCUAAACUGGCUCUAUCUUGGGUUAUGGCUCAAGGUGAUGAUAUUGUUCCAAUUCCAGGAACUGCCAAAAUUGAGAACUUGGAGAAAAACGUGGACAGUGUAAAUUUCACUCUUACGAAGGCGGAGGCACAAGGGUUGAGUGACAUAAUGAUGCCCGAUUACAUAAUCGGAAAAAGAUAUCAACCAGGAUAUUACCCUCAUUACGAGAGUUAAACUGAUAACUUUUAACGAUGGUUAAGAAGAUGCACUUUCAAGAACCAUUUCGAGUUUAUUAAAAAAAGUGCCCAGAGUUUGAAUUUAUAAAUUCAUCCCAAGUUCCGUGCCUUAGAAUCUUUUAGUAAUAUUAAUAGGACCCUAAAUGAAAUAGAAAAGUAAAUUUUAAAAAACGUGAUACAUUUCAAGCAUACAAGGGAUUUCAAGAAAGUGAAAGAUCCCCCUUUUUAUAUGGGAAAAUAGGAUAAAUUAUUUGGCUUUUACAAUUUAAGAAAACUGUUGCUGGUUAAUUUGAAUUUCUGAAACUGCAGACAUUUUAGUGAAAG